UUUCUUCUCCAGUGCAAAAUGGCGACCCCGAGAAAAUUUCAGGAAAAGAUCGCGUUAUUACAACAAAAGGAAGCCGAGGGGAAGAUGGAAUAUGAUCAGAUUAUGAAUGAAGUCCAUGAGCUGACCAAAGGGCAGAAGACUUGCAGCCGGCCUAAAGCUCAGCAGCACUUGCAGCCACAACCCCCUCAUCAACAUCACCAACAGCACCCACAGCACCAACAGCACCCGCAGCAGCACCCCCAGCAGCAGCAACAUGCAUCACGGCCCACUCAAGGAGGCUCACUGCCCAACUUCUCAGUCAAUUUGCCGGUAUGUAGAACCCCCUUAUAUGCAAUCAGAAAUUGCAUAAAAUGGCAUGUACAAAGCAUCCUUAAGUCCUGUCAUGGUAGCCUGAGAUGUAGCUUAAGCUUCUAUUAAAAGAUGAUGCUUCAUUGUAUGAGUGUCUUUAUUUAUUUUGUUU